AUGGCGAAUGUCAAGGACUUGGAAGUCUCUGAGCGCGAAUCAUCAGAUGUGGGAAGCAGCAUGGCACUGCUGGCAGUUCGCGAGGACACCUGGCCAGAAAAUCUUUCGGAAGCCCCUGGCUCUGGGCCCGUGGCCGUGAUGAAUUCACGGAGCCUAUUCAAACCAGUGACGCUCUUCCAGGUCGGUGCCUUGUUGGCUCUGGUUGGAAUCGUUGUGGUGGUUGUGUACGGACGAGUUGCCUCUGUUGCGGGUGCAGCUCAUUCGCAAGAUAUUGGCCACCGUCUCAACGCUGAUGCACUCGCAGAUGCUCGUGCCAAGGCGGCUGCAGCCGAAGCAGCCGCUGCGGCGUUGAAUGCGAAGAACGCCCGGAUUGCUGCUGAGGCGAAGAAACACGCGAAGGAAGUGGCAGCAAAAAACAAAGCCAUUGCUGCGAAGGCAGCUGCCAAGAACCAUGCCAAGGGAUCCGCAGGAUCCGCAUCCCCAGCACCUGCUGCGCAUGCGAAUUCUUCAGCAGCUGCACCUGAAUGUCACACAGCAAAUCCAGGAGAACCGUGCUAUGGAUCUGUGCUUUGGCACAAGUGGAUUGGACUCGUCGAAAGUCCACAGACAUACGGAGACAGCGGACUUUCCAGGGAAUCGAAUCGCCACGCAAUUCAAGAAUGGCUUUGGAAAACCAAGCAAUCACAAUGCCAGAAGCCAUGCGGCGGUGCUUAUCCUGUACCAACAGCAGCACCGAAAGCGUCGCCCUUGCUCUACUGCUUUUCCGUGGCGAGAGGUGGUCCAGAAAUGGACUCCAUGUUCAUGCAACGCCAGAGCGGAACUGGUAUCUUUGGCUGCAAUGGGUUCCUUGGCGAACCUCUCAUGGCCUCUGAGGAGAACAUGGAGAACAUCAUCGUUGUGCUGUUCGAUGUCUACAGCGAUCAAAGCAUUAACAUCGACGGAUACAUGACAAAGUUGAUCCCUUCCACUACCGCCGGAGUAUCUGUGGAUGGGUGGGCGGCCAAUUCUCAAGUCUUUAUGAAGACGUGGAUGGACAUCUUGUAUGGCAAUAUCUGGUACAACUACGACUUCAUUGCCAAGGUGGAUCCAGAUGCUAUUCUCUUUGCAGAUCGAUUGAGAUGGCACGUCCAGUCACACACUGGACAGAAUGUUUUCUUCCUCAACUGUGCUGUGCAUGCGCCUGCUAUGUAUGGAGCGGUAGAGGUCUUCUCCAAGUCUUCGAUGGGCUCGUACAAAGCGCAGCAUGCCCGUUGUCAGAGUUCACUUCCCUUCUGGGCAUGGGGCGAAGACAGGUUCAUGCAAGAGUGCCUGAAGAUGUUGGGAGUGGUGCCGAUUAGUGACUACACCAACAAUGUGCGCGACGCUCGCUGCUGGGGAUCAGACUGUGGCAACAAGGGAGCCGUGGCAUUCCAUCCGUUCAAGGCAGUCAACAGCUGGUAUCGUUGCUAUUUGGCGUCUUCAUGA